UAACAGAGUUACAAAGUACACUGUAGUUUGUGCUACCAUUUUAUUUUCCAAUUAUUUAUUCCUUAAUGUAAAAAAAGCAUAUGGCUUCUAUUACUAGAAUUAAACAUAUUAAAAACAUAUUUAGUAAAUCUGUCUCAGUAAACAUUUGUGUUAAAACAAGAAAUUAUGUCUCCGUGGGCAAAGUAACCAUUGGAAAUAUUGAAAAAGAAAUAACUAAAGCAAAACAUCCUGAAUAUGUCCCCAUAAAUUACUAUGUUGACGGUACUCCGCAAAGUAUGCUGCACCAUCUAAAAUGGAUGAUGGAGAAAGACAUUUUAGGUCAAGAUAUGUUCCUUUUGGGACCCCCGGGGUCAAGAAAACGAGUAUUAGCUAUGCAGUACCUAGAAUUAACAAAUAGAGAAUAUGAAUAUGUAGCUUUAAGUAGAGACACCACAGAGUCUGAUUUAAAACAACGCAGAGAAAUUAUUCAAGGGUCAGCUGAAUAUUUUGAUCAGAGUGCCGUAAAAGCAGCUUUAGAGGGAAGAAUUUUGAUCCUAGAAGGAAUUGAAAAGGCAGAAAGGAACGUUUUACCAGUGUUAAACAAUUUGCUUGAGAAUCGGGAAAUGCAUUUAGAAGAUGGGAGGUUAUUGAUUUCUGCUAAGCGAUAUGAUGAUUUACUAAAGGAACACGGUGAAGAAGAAUUAAAAAAAUGGAAAUUAAUUAGAACUGAUGACAACUUCAGAGUUAUUGCGUUAGGACUGCCUAUUCCAAAAUAUAGAGGUAAUCCGUUAGAUCCCCCAUUACGAUCACGGUUUCAAGCCAGAGAUGUCUUCGUAAAUUCAUAUCAGGAAUGGUACAAGCAGUUAAAUCAUACUGCUCCAUCAGUUCCACAGGACAAGUUGGAGAAAAUACUAUCAUCUGCAUUUGCUUUAUUAAGUAAAGAAAGUGCUUCCUUGGGUCUGCCUGACUUCCCACUAGACAAUUUAACUUUGGCAGCAUUAAUAUGGGAACAAAACCCUUACCUUACACCUUACGAAGUAAUUUAUCGACUAUACCCUUACAAAACAUUCCUGAAAGAUGACCACACUAACGUGGAAUCUCUGUUGUCUAAGUUUGACGUUUUUCCAGCGGAGGAAGGAGCUCCUUCUAACGUCACCAGCCAAUUUCAGGAUAUGUUAAAUACAAAUAAACAUAAAAUGGAAGAUUAUAUAGAAACCAACUAUCAAAACACCGUUUUAGAAAGCAUGCUCCAGUCAAUAAAAGUCGCAGAUUUCUGCGUUAUUGGACCGUCUGGGUGCGGAAAAAGCUUGUUAGUAAAUAAAUUGGGCCAGAUGUUGAAUCAGGAGGCUGAAAAUAUAGUUUUGUAUCAAGAUAUGACUUCCAGGGACUUACUUCAGCAAAGAACGACUUUAGAUAAUGGGGACACUGUUUGGAAAUUCUCGCCGCUGAUUACGUGUGCCUUAGAGGGAAAAAUAGCUGUGCUAGAUGGUAUCGACCGUAUUCAUCCUAGUACCUUGACUGUUUUACACAGACUUAUACAUAACCGCGAACUUCAAUUAUACGACGGGAAGCGAUUGCUGAGUAGCGAACGAUAUAAUUUUCUUCAAGAAAACUUAAAACUGUCCACAGAACAAUUAAAUGAAAGUGGCAUUUUAAAGAUACAUCCCGAUUUCAAAAUUGUUGCCAUCGGUGAACCACCCAACACACAAACGGUAACCGGGAGCUGGAUAACUCCGGAGCUGCUAAGCUUUUUCGUAUUCCAUGAAAUGCGGACGUUAAGUAAAAAUGAGGAAAUGCACAUCAUCUCUUCAAAAUUUGGACCAAUUUCUAAGCCGUUGUAUAAAUUAAUCGAGUUGGCUCAUAUCCUUCGAACCAGCCAGGAUAUUUCUUUGAAAAACCUGGCAGGACACCUAUCCACAAGACAGUUACUUCGCGUAGCAGCCAGAUUAAAACAUUUUCCAAUCGACAACCCAUACGACACAAUUCAAGAGAUAUUCAUGAUGAAAUUCUUACCUUCCCUGACCAGACAAGUUUUAGAAAAAACUAUAAGGAACAUUGGAAUAUCACCAAACAAAAAAAAGGCGCACAUUGCUAAAGUUAAGUGCGAGAUUAAUGACAAUAUUUUGACUAUCGGGAAUUCAUCAGUCCCGAUUCGUAGCAGCGAGAAUAUAAUAAAGGUUCCGAACAUUUUAUUUUACGACGUGCCGCAACACCUACUCCUGAUGGAAAAACUUUUGCAAGACUUCCAGCUCGGGUCCCAUUUGCUUUUGGUCGGUAACCAGGGUGUGGGCAAAAAUAAAAUAGCCGACAGAUUUCUGGAAUUGUUAAACAGGUCGAGGGAGUACAUUCAGUUACACCGCGACACGACCGUGCAGACUCUGACCACCCAAGUGACCAUCAAGGAUGGACAGUUGGUUCACGAGGACUCAUCGUUGGUUAGAGCUGUUAAAAACGGUCGCGUCCUGGUGGUCGACGAGGCUGACAAAGCACCGAUCCACGUAACCUGCAUACUAAAGACUUUGGUGGAAUCCGGACAGAUGACGUUAAGCGAUGGGAGGAAAAUCGUGUCUGUAAUUCCAAACGGACAGAAUCCCGCUAAUUUUAUACAAAGCCAUCCGGAUUUUCGAAUGAUCGUCCUGGCGAACAGACCAGGGUUCCCGUUCCUCGGGAAUGACUUUUUCGGCGCCUUAGGAGAUUUGUUCAGCAGUCAUUCCGUCGAUAACCCUUCGGAAGAAUCGGAAAUUGAGCUUUUAAGACAGUACGGCCCCCGUGUGCCUCUGGAUACAAUUAAGAAGUUAGUAAGCAUUUUCGGAGAGCUCAGGGAUAUGGCCGAUCAAGGACUGGUCAAUUAUCCGUAUUCUACAAGAGAAGUUGUGAACAUCGUGAAACAUUUAGAGCAAUUUCCAAAUUCUGAUAUAGAAGACAUCGUAUUCAACGUGUUUGAUUUCGACAAGUACAGCCCCGAGUUGAUAGACACUCUAGGCGAAGUUCUAGUGAAGCACGGAUUUUCCAAUCGGAAUAUCAUAACGGCCGAAUAUGCAGCAGCGAAAAGAGCAAAGGAAAAUGUCCAGGUGACAGUAAAGCGAUACAGUGGGUUGGACACGAAAGGACCAAAACACGGAAAAGAAGACCCUGAAAACGAACCUCAUGUUGGAGGAAAUACUUGGGCUGGCGGCACCGGCGGGAGGGACACUGCGGGUCUAGGAGGAAAAGGAGGUCCCUAUAGACUAGAUAAGGGUCACAAAGUACAUCAACUUUCAGAUGAAGAGAAAAUCGCCGUUCCCGAACACGUACAGAACGCAGCCAGGGAAAUGGGCAGGAAAGCAUUUCAAGAGAAAUUACGGGAAAUAGGUAUGAGCGGGUAUGACCAUUCCAUUUACUCGCAGUUUUCUAAUGCAGUAGCCAAACAGGUCCAAUCUUUAAGGGUCAUUCUGGGUAAUUUACAGGCUAAGAAUAAAGAGAGGCAGUGGUACCGUCACCAGACCUCGGGGGAGUUAGACGAUGUUAAAUUAAUAGACGGAUUACUCGGAGAAAAAACUAUUUUCCGACGUCGAUCCGAGCAGGAGCCAGAGCUAGGAACCCCUCAGUUGAAACCGAAGUUAUUUAGAGUUGUAGUGGACGUCUCGGGGAGUAUGUACAGAUUUAAUUCGUACGACGGUCGGUUGGACAAAGAACUAGAGGCGGUAGUAUUAGUGACGGAAGCAUUCCAAGGAUUCGAGGACAAAAUAAAAUACGACAUCCUUGGCCAUUCCGGGGAAGCGCCAAAUAUUGUCUUUGUCUCAAGAGAGGAUCCUCCCAAAAACAAUAAGGAACGGUUGGAUUUAAUAAGGACUAUGCACGCUCACUCCCAGUACUGUUGGUCCGGAGACAAUACUCUUGAAUCAACGAAAUGGGCCGUAACGACUUUAGCCGAAGAAGACUGCGACGAAGCUAUAUUAGUGGUAUUGUCGGAUGCUAACCUGCAGCGAUAUGGAAUACCUCCUUCCGAGCUUACCGAAGCACUCACCUGUAAGAGGAACGUUAGCUCUUACGUUAUAUUUAUCGGCAGUUUGGGAGACCAGGCCGAAAGGUUACUGCAACAGUUACCAGCUGGACGAGCUUUUAUUUGCAGUGAUACUAGUCAAUUACCACAAAUUUUAAAACAAAUAUUUUCGUCUUCUGUAGUAAAUAUAUGACAUAUGCAAUGUACAUAAUAGUAAAUUGUACUUAUAAUGUAUAUACAUUUUAAAACAUGAUUUAUAAAAUAUAUAAUAUAUUUACAUUAAAAC